GCUGCGUUGCUGAGCCCCUCUCUGUUGGCUGAGCAUUGAUGACACCCUUUCCUGAAGCAGUGUGAGACUUAGACCCUGGACCCUGUGUCAUGGAAGCUUUGGAAGUAGAUGACAUCAGCCCCGCCUUAGAGGUUACUGAGGAUUUCUUUAGUACUUUGGACAGUAAGUUGGAAAAGGCUGUGCAACAGGCAGAGGUUUAUGGGAUUCAGGAAGUUCCUGAACUAGUGGGGCACGAGGUACUUGGUAACAUAACAGACAAUGGUGCUUUGAGAAACGUCGCUUCCCUGGGCAAGGGGACCAUGAUUUGGGACCACUGUAAGAGCAGGCUCCUAGAAACCAAAGCUCAAAAUGUCUUCCCUGCCAAAGAACAGCUUAUGGUCCAGAGAGGGACAGCCCCAGAUAAUCUUUCCUGGAUGGAACAAAAGGAAGCGUCAACCUUCAAUUUUUUCAACAUCUGUCAGCGUCGGAGGGACAGACCUCGUUCUGUGAAUGACUUAUUGGAUGAGACCACGACUUUCAAGCCAGGACAUGCUCGGUCGAGGUCUGACGUGACCCACGUAGACUGGCGGGUUGUCCUCGGCACCAUGCCUUUGCAGCAGCAGCAGCAGCAGCAGCAGCAGCAGCAGCAGCAGCAGCUGUCCCUUCACGGCCCUCACUUUGCCAGGCCGUCUUUUCUGUUGUCUUCACCCAGUAAGGUAGAAGAUGCUCAAGGAAAUACAGAACAUAAGCAGACAUUCCCAAACAUACUGAAGAAGGGUUAUCUGGAGAUCAGGAAGAACCACGACAGUUACUGGCAAAGCUGUUAUGCAGAACUCUCACCAUACAACCUACACUUGUACAGCCUGGACAGCAGCGGGAAUCAGGACCUGUGGGCCACAUAUCAGCUCUCACACUUCCAGAGCAUAUCUGUUUUAGGCAAUCUUGAAGCCAGGACGGUAGAUACUGUGCUCUACGACAAUUCUCAGCUGCAGCUAAAGGCAGAGUCCCCGUGGGAGGCACUGGACUGGGGGCAGAAGCUCUGGGAAGUUGUGCAUGCUGCUGUGCCCAGUUACAUGGGACGGCAGGAUGAGAUGGCAAACUCAGCAGGACUUGGUCAGCGUGUUGACUACUGUACACAGAACCACUGUUUACAGAAGAAAUCCAGUGGGAUGCUGGCCUCCCCUGUCUUGGAGAGCCCCAAACACUACCAAAAUAUCCUCAAAUCAGGGACACUCUACAGACUGACUGUUCAAAACAACUGGAAGGCAUUUACAUUUGUGCUGAGCAAGGCCUGUCUUAUGGCUUUCCACCCUGGCAAGUUAGAUGAAGAUCCCCUGUUGAGCUACAACGUGGACGUGUGUCUGGCUGUGCAGAUAGACAACCUGGAUGCUUGUGACGCUUGCUUUCAAGUCAUCUUCCCCCAAGAUGUCCUCCGCCUCCGGGCUGAGACCCGGCAGAGGGCUCAGGAAUGGAUGGAGGCUCUGAAGACAGCAGCUAACGCUGCGAGGAGUUCCGAGCAAAACCUGCAAGUCACACUGAGGAACAAACCCAAGGAUCAGAUAGGUGGCGCCGAGCGGCGGAAGGACAAACGGCAGUCCGUGACCACCAGUUUCCUGAGCAUCCUGACCACUCUGUCUUUGGAGCGAGGACUCACUGCUCAGAGUUUCAAGUGUGCAGGAUGCCAACGCUCUAUUGGUCUUUCUAAUGGCAAGGCCAAGGUGUGCAAUUACAGUGGGUGGUACUACUGCAGCAGCUGCCACGUGGAUGACAGCUUUCUCAUCCCAGCGCGAAUAGUUCACAACUGGGACACUUCAAAAUACAAGGUGUCCAAGCAGGCUAAGGAGUUUCUGGAGUAUGUGUACGAAGAGCCUCUGAUCGACAUCCAGCAGGAGAACCCGAUGCUGUACCUCCAUGCCGAGCCGCUGGCCACCGCUGUGCGCCUGCGGCAGCGCUUGAAGUCACUCCGAGCCUAUUUGUUCAGCUGCCGGGCAGCAGUGGCAGAGGAUCUGCGCCGCAGAAUUUUCCCCAGAGAAUACCUCCUUCAGCAGAUCCACCUGUACUCCCUUGCUGACCUGCAGCAGGUGAUAGAGGGAAAGCUGGCUCCGUUCUUGGGCAAGGUCAUUAAAUUCGCCACCGCGCAUGUCUACAGCUGCAGUCUUUGUAGCCAGAAAGGGUUCAUCUGCGAAAUCUGUAACAACGGCGAGAUCCUCUACCCCUUUGAGGACAUUUCAACAAGCAGGUGUGAGAGCUGUGGAGCUGUCUUCCAUUCUGAGUGCAAAGAGAAGUCUGUCCCCUGCCCGCGGUGCGUCCGCCGGGAGCUGCAGAAGAAGCAGAAGUCCUUCUGGCGGCAGCUGAACGUGGACGAAAGCCUGGAGGAGGCAUGCACCAUGUUCGAGCUGUCCUACCAAAACACCUGACUGCAGGCCAGGCUGCGCUCAUCCUCAGCCACCCACGGGCCACUCAUGCCCGUGCAGGCGAGCUCUUCUCCUUCAGCU